CAUUUCCUCUCACUCUUCAGAAUUCCUCAUAUUUUCUUCUUAUAAUGCUUCUUGGUUUGGGAGAAACACAAUAAGGGGGGGCCUAGCUACAGAAAUGAGCACUGCCAGGUUUAUCAAGUGUGUCACAGUUGGGGAUGGCGCUGUGGGAAAGACUUGCAUGCUCAUUUCCUACACCAGUAACACCUUUCCAACGGAUUACGUUCCAACUGUGUUCGACAACUUCAGUGCCAAUGUGGUGGUAGAUGGUAGUAUAGUGAACCUUGGCCUAUGGGAUACUGCAGGACAGGAAGAUUACAACAGGCUAAGGCCUCUCAGUUACAGAGGAGCUGAUGUGUUUUUGUUGGCCUUCUCACUAGUCAGCAAGGCCAGUUAUGAGAACGUGUCUAAAAAGUGGAUCCCUGAGCUAAAGCAUUACGCACCCAAUGUGCCAAUUGUUCUUGUGGGAACCAAACUUGAUUUGCGAGAAGACAAGAAUUCCUUGGCUGAUCAUCCUGGAUCAACGGCAAUAACAACUGCUCAGGGUGAGGCGUUGAAGAAAAUGAUCGGUGCAGUCACUUACAUUGAAUGCAGUUCCAAAACUCAGCAGAAUGUGAAGGUUGUAUUUGAUGCUGCAAUAAAGGUUGCAUUGAGGCCACCAAAACCGAAGAGGAAGCCACGGAAGCAAAGAACAUGCGCCUUCCUCUAAUGCUAAAGAAUCAGCGUUGAUCCCAAAUCCUCUUCUCCAACGUUGUCUGUCAAUUAUGUAGUUCAUUUUUGUUUCUCGCGAUUUGUCAUUAAUUUUACACUCGAAAGUUUUGUCUGGAGCUAUGGAAAUCUCUAGGGGGGGGACAAUAUAUAUAUAUAUAUAUACACAUAAAAUAUAUAAAAUUGUUAUGCUGCAAUGUGAGUUUUAUUAAAUUG